AGCGUCCAGUGCCCAGCAUCCAGCGUCCAGUGCCCAGCAUCCAGUGUCCAGUGUUCAGUGCCCAGUGUCCAGUGUUCAGUGCCCAGUGUUCAGUGUCCAGCAUCCAGCGUCCAGUGCCCAGUAUCCAGUGUUCAGUGUCCAGCAUCCAGUGCCCAGCAUCCAGUGCCCAGCGUCUAGUGCCCAGCGUCCAGUGCCCAGCGUCUAGUGCCCAGCGUCCAGUGCCCAGCAUCCAGUGCCCAGCAUCCAGUGCCCAGCAUCCAGUGCCCAGCAUCCAGUGCCCAGUAUCCAGUGCCCAGUGCGUCCCUAUGUGUUAUAACAUGGCUCAGAUUCUCGCCGCUGGGCUGGACGGGCUGACGGGAUUCGCUGUGACCGAAGCCUUCACCGUCCUGGCCAGCUCCUGCCUGGUGUUCCUGGUCAUCCGCAGCUUCCGAACCAGAGUCCCGAAAGGCCUGAAGCCGCCCCCGGGGCCCCGGGCGCUGCCGUUCAUCGGCAACGUCCUGGACCUGAAGAACCCUCACCUGAGUCUGACCGCCAUGGGCCGCCGGUACGGAGACGUGUUCCAGGUCCAGAUCGGCAGCCGGACGGUGGUGGUGCUGAGCGGGAUCCACACGCUCAGACAGGCGCUGGUGAAGCAGGCGGACGAUUUCGCCGGACGCCCGGACCUGCCCAGUUUCCGCUACAUCUCCGACGGCAACAGUCUGGCUUUCGGCAACGACUACUCCGACGUCUGGAGAGCGCGCAGGAAGUUGGCGCAGAGCGCACUGCGAACCUUCUCCGCAGACGAGUGCAAGAACUCCACGCACUCGUGCGUCCUGGAGGAGCACACCUGCAAGGAAGCCCAGCAGCUGGUGGAGGUGCUGCUGGAGCGGGCGGAGGGCUUCGACCCGGUCAGGUACAUCGUCAUCUCGGUGGCCAACGUGAUCUGCGCCAUGUGCUUCGGCAAACGCUACAGCCACGACGACCAGAAGCUCCUGGAGGUGGUCAACCUGACCGACGAGUUCGGCAAAGUCGCCGGUGCCGGGAACCUGUCCGACUUCAUCCCCGUCCUCAGGUUCAUCCCCAAUCCCACCAUGGCCGCCUUCCUGGAGGCGAACAAGAAAUUUAUGUCGUUCCUCAAGAGCAUCGUCAACGAGCAUUACCAAACUUUCGACAAGGAUAACAUUCGGGACAUAACGGAUUCUCUGAUCGAGCACUGCCAGGAUNAAAAAAUGGACGAGAACGCCAACAUUCAAGUAUCGGAUGAGAAAAUAAUCAACAUCGUGAAUGAUUUGUUUGGAGCCGGUUUUGACACCAUCACCACUGGGCUGUCCUGGGCUGUAAUGUAUCUGGUUUUGUACCCUGACCUUCAGAAGAGACUACAAGAUGAGAUAGAUGAAAAGAUCGGAAAAGACCGAAGCCCAAGAUUGUCUGACAGAUCCAGAUUACCAUAUACUGAUGCUUUCAUCUUGGAAACCUUCCGAUACUCGUCUUUUUUACCUUUCACUAUUCCUCAUUGCACCACAAAAGAUACUGCAUUGAAUGGAUAUUUUAUUCCGAAAAACACUUGUGUUUUUGUGAAUCAAUGGCAAGUGAAUCAUGACGAAAAACUCUGGACAGAUCCCUUCACCUUCAACCCAGACCGCUUCCUGAAUGCAGAUGGAGCGAGCAUUAACAAAAUGGAAAGCGAAAAGGUGUUGCUAUUUGGCAUGGGCAAAAGACGAUGCAUUGGGGAAUCAAUUGGGCGCAUUGAGGUUUUCUUGUUUUUCACCACUCUGGUUCAACAGUUACACUUUGAUAACAUUCCAGGGCAGGAGAUUGACACAACACCCAUCUAUGGACUGACAAUGAAGCACAAGAAAUGUGAAUUCAGAGCAGUGUCACGAUUUGCUUCUAAAUCUUCCAAAUGAAUUCCAGAGAAUCUUUUCGAUUGUUCAGGGAAAAUAAAAAGAGACUGAAACUCAUAUUUUUAUCCAUUGCAAGUGCAUACCAUUGGCAUGAGGGAAUAGAAAUCUUAAUCUGUGUGUUUUGUUCUGUUUCAUAUAAUUUGCUGCUGAUGUGCCACUGUUUCAAUGUAUUUAAAAUACCUUUGGAUAGGUUUGAAGAAUGAUGUAAAACAAAAAUGAAGUUUAAUAGUUGCAUUGAAAUACAAUUCAUUUUGCAUAAUGUACUUAUACUUUUUUUAAAAAAAUUUCCUAUCGAAAAUGGUAAGGAAUUAGACUACUUCUUUAUAUUAUAUAAAGGGACUUUUAACAUUUUUUAUAGCUAAGAAACAUUUAUAAGAUUUUAAAAAAUGGUUACAGUUAAGUGUGGUUUUGUGUUUAUUGUAGGGUGACUCAUAGCAAAUGUUUAUUUUAGUGAUUAGUUCAACCAUACAACUUGGGAAACUCAUAGACUUGAUCUAUGCUAAAUUAAAUGGCCUCAGGUGGGUGUCUCAACACCCCUGUAUUAGGAAGUGCAGAAUUAACCAGGAUCUCUGCUCCUGAGAUGUGCGUGUGCAUACUGGGUAACGAUACUGGAGCUUGUUUGCUGCCCCCUCACCUUUCCCCAUAUAGACUCCCCAACAUCCUGGUAACAGAGACAACAUUUGGGUACUGGGAUUGGCUGUAGUAUCUCCUGGAGGUGGAAAUUUAGGAAAUCGGGUUCCUGGUUGUUAUCCAGUACCACUACCCCCCACCCUGCCACCCUGCUGCAAAGGUGUCAGGUGAGGACUGUUGACUAUCCUGUCAAUCCUCACAAAUAACAAUGUCAAAGGCAUGAGGUACCAGAAGGGAGCAGGCAGCAAGCAAGUGUCAGCAUCUUUAGAUGAGAGAUGAGGGGAGAAAAUUGCUAACAAAGAGUGUUCCAUCAUUCUGUACAUCAUUAUCUUGUCAAAAAUAUAAAUCACUGUAUUGAAGUUUCUACUGACAAAUAAAACUUUGUAGUUGUUUCUGA